AUGGAGGCGUGCGUGCGAAAACAGAAUGCGUUGGAUGUGAUGCCGACGAGCGCGAGGACGGGGUGCCCGAUAGCGAUUCGACGCGCGACGUUGGACGACGAAGAUGAAAAACAGGCGGCGAACGGCGUGUUCAUCGCGCGAGUCGUCGUGCGAUACCGAGAGGAGCAUGAACUGGAGCAGGCGUUGCUAGAUGUGGCGAUUCAGUCGCGCACGGCGGGAGAGUUGGCGGGGAGACUGUGCGCCGGAGGGACGCCGCCAAGAAGAAAUCGCGCCGACGAGGACGAGGCGGAGGCGAACGACGGAUCGAUCGAAGAACUCGCGAGCGUGCUCGGUGAAGACCCAAAAGACGUGAAAGCGCGUGUGUUGGAGUGUUACGAUCGAUGUGAGCCAUUUCUUCCAGCGCGCGUUCGAGAUUUGCUCGGACGCGAACGCGUGUACGAAGUCCGAAGCGCUUGCGCCGGCGCCGCACUCACGGCUAUUCGUUCUUUUAUUUUACGCGUGGCGACGGCGGGUAAGUGGACGCACUGGGGCAUCAUAGAAGGUACGGUCGAGGUCGAGCUUCCGUUAGCGUACGACGUCAAGUUCGUGGAUACGCCCGGGAUUGAUGCGUCGCAAUUCUCUCUCAAGCGAUUGCGCCGAGUAAUUGGCGCUGAAGCCGAGGAGCGAUUCGGGAUGUUCAUAUACGUGUGCGGUAAAGAUGCACCGAAAGAGUGGGAGUGGAGCGCUCUGCAUGCAAUGGGUACGCUAAAGAAGAUCGUCACCGAGGGUCCGCGGCUGUGUUUGUGCUGGCCCGUGGAGCUCGUGGUGAACGCCAACGGACGUCCAGAUGGCUUUGUCACGAAUCUCCAAAUCAAAAAGUUCCAGGAUCGCACGUUGAAGAUGCUGCGAUCGGACUCUAAUCAUUGGCGCGAACGUCUUGAUCAAUGUAUCGUCGCAUCCAAGGUCGAUGGCUUGCGCGGUGAUUUAAGACGCGGCAUGGCGCUGGCGUUUGUUCGGGCGUUUAAGCCCGACGCCUCGACGAUUUUGAAGUAUUCCAUGUAUCAGCUGGCGUUUUCGGUGGAAGAAGAGCUCAAACCAUCACCGCCGAGCGAUAACGGCAGUGGAGUCUUACCGAGCACCGCGGUGGUCGCUGACGCAAAACCUUCGACAGACCCUUGUCCGAAGACCAAGCGAAAGAUUGACGAAGAAGCCGCGACGAAAGCGUCGCCACCAAAGAAACGCCUUAAGAAGCAACCACGCCAGUGUACCAUCGCUGAUCCAUUCGUGUUCAACGAAGACGAUGGUCUUUUUGCCGACGAAGACGCCGCAACACCUCCAAUGUUCGGCAAGCACAUCGCAAAAACCAAAUCAACGCGCUCGCCGCUCGUCGACGCCAACGAAAAGUCUCGCGCGACGGCGGCGGCGCGACGCAAAACCAAACCGUCGAACACCGCACCGAAGCGACCGCUCGUCUUGACGUCGACGACCGUUUCUCCGCCGAAGUCGAAGCAUCGAGGUGCUGAAGCACCGCAGCCGAAGCUUUCCCCUCAACUCUCCGCGACGCCCGCGUCCAAGCCUGCGCGAAAUCGGCCAAAGUUCGUCGUCGCCUCCGUCGACGACGGUCCCACCCCAUCCCCACCCCCCGCGCGUCCGAAACGCCCGCGCGAAUGCACGAAACAACCUUGGUGGGUCGUCCAAUCGCAUCGAUAGCUCCA